UCAAAUUCAUUGACAACCAUUUCGGCGGCCUUCGAAGCUUCACUUUGCUGCGAAGAAGAGAUAGCAACUCGAAACAACUUUUCGCCCGCUGAUACAUCACCAAUCCUGUGAAAAAUUCCUACUCGUUUCACGCCGGGGUACGCAUCCCGUAUUCCUCGGCAAAGCUUUUGCAAUUCCUUAUAUGCGAAUUCGUCAUCAAUGUCGUACUCUAUCUGUAAAACACUCCUGCCAUCCAAUGUGUCCGGAGUAGUUCUAACGAACACUGAGGGACUUUCGCAAGACCCGCUUGUGAAAAGUCGCACAGACUCUUCAAGUUCCGAAGCAUCGUAGCAAAAGUGCACAGCAUCGUCAAGGAAAGACUGGAUCAACGAAUUCAUAAAUUUCAAAUCAGGGCGCUCCGAUGUAGUGCUGGCAUCUAGAAAUGAGAUCCGGCAAUUCCUUCUGGCGGAAUACAGAGCAUUCGAUAAAUGUUGCCGAUACGCUGGCCAUACGACUUUCUCAAAGUAG